AUUAUUGUUUUUGGAGUUUUUUGUUUAAUUUCUUCAAGUAAUUGACUUUCUAUUUAUUUAACCAUUGAACUUUUUACUCUUUGUUUUUUUAUUUUGAUUGCUCGAGGGUCUGGUUAUAGUGUGGAAGCAGGAUUAAAAUAUUUUAUUUUGGGUGCUCUUUCUUCUGGUUUAUUUUUAUUUGGGUGUGCUUUAUUAUGUGGUAUUGGGGCUAAUAUACACUUUUCUCAUAUAGAACUUCUUUUUAAUUCAAAACAAGUUUUUUCUGCUGUUUCGAUACCAAUUGGGUAUCUUUUAAUUAUUGUUGCUCUUUUUUUUAAAUUAUCAGUUGCUCCUUUUCAUAUGUGAGUUCCUGAUGUUUAUGAGGGGGCACCUACUAAAAUUGUUCUAUUAUUGGCUAUUGUUCCAAAAAUAGGGUUUUUUUCUCUUAUAAUUUCAAUUGGAUUGCCUGUAAAUUUUUUUUUUUUAGGGAUUCUUUUUUCUUUGUUUGUUGGAGCUUUGGGUGCUUUAAAUCAAACUAAAAUAAAACGACUUUUGGCUUAUAGUGGGAUUGGUCAUAUGGGCUUUAUUUUAUGAGGUUUGGAAAAUGGUUCUUUUGAAAGUUUACAAGCUAGUCUUGUUUAUCUUUUUAUAUAUAUUGUGAUGACAAUUUGUGCUUUUUCUAUUAUAUUAAGUUUUAAUGUUUAUAAAAAUUUGCUCGUUGAAUUUAGUGGACUUUCUCGAUACUUACCUUUUUUUUCGAUUACUUUAGGUGUUCUUUUUUUUUCUAUUGCAGGAAUUCCUCCUUUUGCUGGAUUUUUUGGAAAAUGAUUUAUUUUGUUAUCUGGAAUUCUUUCUAAAUCAUAUUUUAUUUUUUUUUUUGCUGUUUUUUGUUCUGUUAUAGCUGGGGUUUAUUAUAUUCGAAUUAUAAAAAUACUUUUUUUUCAAAAAAAUUCUUUUCUUUUAAUUACAAUUAAAGCUUUAAAAAAAGAAUCUAAAUUAAAUUUUAAAAAAGUUUUUUUAAUUGGUUUUUGUUUUUAUUUUAUUCUUUUUUUUUUUCUUUCUCCACAUUUUCUUUUUUUUUUUUUUUCUCAAAUAAUUUUUGAUUUAUUUUAA